CAACAACAAAAGCCGCAAUUCUGGCCGUCGGAACGGCGCUGGCCGUGGAAAUGCUGGCGGCAAAGCUGGCCGUGGCGGCAGCCGUGGACACACCGGCGGAAAUCACCAGCCACCGCCAGGCAGCUGGCCGCGUCAGCCUUCUCCUCAGCCGUGGCAGCUUCCCAAUUAUGCUUGGGGAUGGAUGCCACAAUGGGCCGUGCCACCGUGCCCGUAUCCGUCCACUUGGCCGACGUCUUCGCAAGGGCCCUCGGCCAAACAGCCGGGCAUUCUCGGCCCUGCUCCCCAGCCUCCGCAGCAGGCGUAUGCUGCUGCCCCGUUUCAGCAGAUGUAUGCCCCGUCUUAUGCUCCCACGGACAUCGAAUCGGCCAUGCAUACGAUGACUUUGAAUCCUUCGGACCAGAAGUGGUACAUGGACACCGGUGCCACAUCUCACAUGAUAUCCACGAAUGGAUUUUCAGACGGGGAUGCCACUAAUGAGAUGUGAGAGAGGGAGAUCUAUAUCCCAUCACCACCACCAUCACAAACCAAGCCAAUUCUCCAUCAACCUUUGCUGCUUUGUCUUCUUCUCUUUGGCAUGAUCGUUUGGGUCACCCGGGAGCGUCAGUUUUGAAUUCUCUUAGGAUAAAUAGAAGCAUUGAAUGUAAUAAUUCUAGUUGCUCUAGUAUUUGUCGUUCUUGCGUGCUUGGAAAACAUAUUAAGUUGCCUUUUGUUCCAUCUAAUUCGAACACUUGUAUGCCUUUUGAUAUUAUUCAUAGUGAUUUAUGGACUUCUC